UAUUGUCGUCUCACUGUCAUUCGAUUUGUUGCCUCUACUAAAGCGGAACAGCCGUCCAACCUUCCCAAUCUUCGUCGCCUCUUUGUUGAAGCUCGCACCGAGGCAGAAGAGAGCGCAUAUUCAAGAAAUGCUUUUUACAACCUGGUCUUGUUCAUCUCCUCGGUCGCUGCUUUCAGCAUAGUCGCCCAGCGGUCGACCGCAGAGCGAUGA